GGAGGAAAGCAAUGGAGGAGAUUGGGAAAAACAGGAGCAGAGGGUCAGAAGGCGAGAUUUCGGCUCCUGGAGCUAUUAGAUUUAGGCAUGUGUCCAUCCCUCCCUUACGAUUCCAAUCCUAAAGUUGUUAUUUUUAAACACCCAAAGGAAGUCUUCCCUUUCCUGGACUACUAGCAUCAAUAAGAUGGGUACUACGCUAGUGAGAGUGGGCAGCUUUGUCCAGGAUUCCUUGACUUAGUCAUCAAGACUUGUGAGCAAAUUUUCUUAAAAAAGUAUGUGUAUAUGGUCAGUGUUCUUUAGUUGCGAUGGCAUUUCACUCUCAAGUCUCAGUUUAAAUGUGAAACAAAUAGAGAAGAGAGAUUCAGUUCUAACGUCUAAAAAUCAGAUUGAAAGAUUGACUCGUCCUGGUUCCUCCUACUUCAACUUGAACCCAUUUGAGGUUCUUCAGAUAGAUCCUGAAGUGACAGAUGAAGAAAUAAAAAAGAGGUUUCGGCAGCUAUCCAUACUGGUGCAUCCUGACAAAAAUCAAGAUGAUGCUGACAGAGCACAAAAGGCUUUUGAAGCUGUGGACAAAGCUUACAAGUUGCUACUGGAUCAGGAACAAAAGAAGAGGGCCCUGGAUGUAAUUCAGGCAGGAAAAGAAUACGUGGAACACACCGUGAAAGAGCGAAAAAAGCAAUUAAAGAAGGAAGGAAAGCCUACAAAUGUGGAGGAAGAUGAUCCUGAGCUGUUUAAACAAGCAGUAUACAAACAGACCAUGAAACUCUUUGCUGAGCUGGAAAUUAAAAGGAAAGAAAGAGAAGCCAAGGAGAUGCAUGAAAGGAAGCGACAAAGGGAAGAAGAGAUUGAAGCUCAAGAAAAAGCCAAACGAGAAAGGGAGUGGCAGAAAAAUUUUGAGGAAAGUCGAGAUGGUCGUGUGGACAGCUGGCGAAACUUCCAAGCUAAUACCAAGGGGAAGAAAGAGAAGAAGAACCGGACCUUCCUGAGACCACCGAAAGUAAAAAUGGAACAGCGUGAGUGACCUGAGGUCACGGCCACAGAACCUUCCUUCGGCUCUCCCCUUCCUGCUCUGAAGGACUCAUUCUUUUUCCCAUUUUCACCCCAACAUAGAGUAGUCUUUGCUUUUUAGUCCAUUUUGUUUUCAAUACAAUUUAAUAUCGAUCAGAGUAAUUCUUUUGUACAUUGAAAUGAGGGGCUCGGUUUAAAAAGAAACCUCCCCCACCCCUACCCCAGACCAACCAGGAUCGGAAGGUGCCGCCAUUGGUGCUGCCUUCUCCUCCCACAGCCUGUAACUUAAUGUUUUGUACUCCACUCAAUUGUGAUGGUUAGAAACUUUGUGUAUAGUUUGUGGAAAUCAUCCAGUUAAUUAAACACGUUGCUUAAAAUGGUGUUGCCUUGACUUCAGAGACAAGCCCGGGCCACCUUAGGAAGCCCCUUUGCUUCAGUUGCUUGCUUCUGGGUGUGGCGUCCUUCCAAGCCCCAGAUCAGACGGGGAAGGCAGUGGGCACACAGAGCAGCCACUCGAUGCCCUGACGUCCCCUGGAGUUUGGCAUGUGCUUUCCUGUCCGGCCAGUCUGCGUGGCACGAGGCUGCAAGCCACCCAAACCUGUUCACUUUCCAAAGAGCUGGCCAUUCUCCAUCGUGUACCGUUGUGUCCUAGCCUGUCUGCAUUUGUUAGUGGUAAUAUUCUGUAUGUGUAAUAAAUUUUUAUACCCUAA